AUGGAGGUAAAGGAAGGAUUGGAGCCUGCGAGUCCUAGGGCACAAUACUUCAACAGUUCUGUGCUAUCGGUGUUCAUUAUGGGCGUUAUGGAAACAGAGGUUCCAAUUACAAUCAACGACGCCCGCACCAUGUCAUUGCUUAAGGACGUGUUCCUGCCCAUCAAUCCACGCUUCUCCUCCAUCAUGGUAAAGGAUAGAAAAGGUGAGAAACAAUGGAAACGGAUUGAGGUGAAGCUUGAAGAGCAUGUUAAUAUCCCCAUUUUCCCUACUGACUUGUCACCCACAUCAUACGAUGAAUAUCUUGAAGAAUAUAUAUCAAAGAUUGCAAUGGAGCAGUUUUCACAAAACAAACCACUAUGGGAAAUUCACAUUGUUAAAUAUCCAACAAGCAAUGCAGCAGGUACUAUCAUAUUCAAGCUUCACAAUGCGCUUGGUGAUGGCUACUCUCUCAUGGGUGCACUUCUUUCUUGUCUCCAAAGAGCUGAUAAUCCUUCUCUUCCCCUAACAUUUCCUUCACGCCAACAGUCAGAGAUAAAAAGCUACAGAGGAAGUGUUUAUAGAAGAGUGUCUGAACAUUUUUCCUUGAUUUUUAACUCUCUAUCUGAUUUUGGAUGGAGCAUGUUAAAGAGUACUUUGAUUGAAGAUGAUCGAUCACCAAUAAGAUCUGGGGACGAAGGGGUCGAGUGUCGGCCAACCAUGGUAGCAAGCAUGAUAUUCUCUCUGGAUCGUAUCAAACACAUUAAGGCCAAGCUUGGUGUGACAAAAAAUGAUGUAAUUACUGGAAUAAUCUUCCUUGGCACCCGGUUAUGCAUGCAAGAGAUUAGCUAUAAAUCAAGCGAAUCGCAAUCCACAGCAUUGGUCCUGCUCAACACUAGGAUGAUGACUGGCUACAAGUCAAUCGAGGAGAUGCUUAAACCUAACUCAAAGGGGCCAUGGGGGAACCGAUCUACCUUCUUGCAUGUACCAAUGCCAAAGUUUAAGGAUCAUAGAUCUUCAAACCCACUUGAGUUUGUUUGGACAGCGAGCAAGAUAAUCAAGAAGAAGAAAAGUUCAUUAGGUUUUUAUCUCACUGGUAGGCUUUUGGAGAUUGUGAAAAAACUUAGAGGCCCUGAGGCAGCCGCUAGAUUCAUGCAUAGGACCAUGAGGAACUCCAGUAUGAUGAUCUCGCAUGUGAUCGGGCCAGAGGAAAAGGUGGCUUUGGAUAAUCAUCCGAUUAAAAGUCUAUACUUCCUUGGGGGCGGUUUGCCUCAGAACCUUCUUAUAACAAUAGUAAGUUACAUGGGAAACUUGAGGGUUAGCGCCAUAAUAGAGAAAGGAUUCCUAGAUGCCCAAAAAUUCAAGUCAUGCAUGGAAAAUGCCUUCGAGAUAAUUCUCAAAGCUGCAGAUGAAAUUCCUAUCUAA